UAAAGGUCGAAAAUUAAUGAUUCAUCACAUCGAAGCACUGUCAAAUAAGUGUCUUGUUUCUUAUGAACAAGAAUUGUGCGUUUUGUGGAUCAGAGGAGCCGCUUCACUGAUUGAGCCCUCUCAGGAAAACUCCGCAGAAUGGAUGACCAGGACAGAGUCAGCCAAGCGUCCAGCGUCGCCACCAUUUCCUACUUUCCGGUCAUAAGGGAAGGUGAUGGAAAGGUGCAAACAUUUGGGAAAAGAUGUCAGGCUGCCAAAAGAGACCCCAACUGCGCUGUGGUCAUCAGAGGAUGGCUCAACAAAAAAGACAGCUCUGGUCUGAAGCUGUGGAAGAGACGGUGGUUUGUCCUCUCUAACUACUGCCUGUUUUACUAUAAAGACAGUAGAGAAGAAUCUGUGCUGGGCAGCAUCCCACUGCCGAGCUACAAAAUCCUGUUCUGCACAUCACGAGAAUGCAAGAACAGAAAGUUCACCUUCAAGGUGGUGCACCAGGGAAUGCGCUCCUAUUUCUUCAGUGCUGACACUCAGGAGGACAUGUUGGGUUGGGUCCGAGCCCUCAGUCAGUCUGCUGCAAUGGAGCCAAACAGCUCCUUGAACAGGCGUUGCACUAGUUAUGAGGAUUUCACACAGAUAGGUGGCAGCAGUGAAUCAGUGGAUUUCCCUAAACCCCCCUCUGAUGGAGAGGGUCCCUCCCAGAGACACAGGCACGUCAGCAGGGCUCUGAGCGAACCAAGUCAUCUCGCUGGUGGGAGGAUGGGGACGUCGCGCUCGGAGCAGAGGGGGAGGCGGAGUGUGCGUCAGAGAAACAGCAGAACACCGAGCCCUCCUUGUGGUCCACACCAAGAGGAAGACUCUUUUCCUGGACAGAACUCUCCGCCGAUGCAGACGGAAAUGAUGAGAACAGGUUCUUUGACUUCAAGAGGUCAGCUGGGGUCUCGACCUCAUACACCCGUGGGACGGGUUGACAUUCGACCUCAUGAUGACUCAGUCAUGGCGCCACAGUCCCUGUACUACGCACCUGCUUCACCCAAGCUGGAGUUCAAAUCCACUCCUAACACUCCAGUCACAGAAAGGUGGCAGAACCUCAGCAAGCCUACUCCUACGUAUGGGUCUGUCCAUCACAUCUCGAGUGGGAGACGUCCUUUAGGAAAGGCCCCGAAGCCAGACCCGACUCCACCAAUCAGGCCUCUUGAAAGCGAUGCAGACGUUGUUCUGACGAGGUUAUGUGGGUGUGACAAGCUGCUCCAGUCUCUGUCUAUGGAACUGGCUCAACUACAAAUGGAUAAGGACAGCGUCCACUGUGCGUUAGAAGUGUCCAGACUGCAGCUGGAAGAGUGGAAAAGUCAGGGGCCGAGAGCACAGGAAGAAGCACUGACCCAGAAGGCUUUGCUCCAGGAAGAGCUGGUCACAAUCCGGGCCAGAAUGUGUGAUGAAAUGGAGAGGGUGUGGAGUCAAUACGAGAGAAUGGAGAGUGAACUGUCGGUUAUCCGGUCACACCUUCAGCACAUCUGUAACUUUGGACUGCCACAGGACCAGUCUCAGGCCCAGAGAGAGCUGUGGAUGAUGGAGGACAUCCUGGCUGGUCUAAAGGUCAACAGGGAUCACUUCCGCUUCCUGCUGGGACUACAGAGGCACCACAUGUUCCAGCCGCCGUCUCCACAUCCUGGAUCCCCUGGAUCUCCCACAGAGAGGCAGCAGAGUGGCCUGCCAAUGGAUGUGGAACAAGAGCCACCGCUCCGCCCACCGUUACCCCAGGAGCUACAGGAAAGCCACCAGAGCAGGGAUCAGGGCCAUGGCUGGACAGAGUCACCAUAUGAGGGAAUCUACAGCCACACUGUUGAUCCUGUACGGAGGAGAGGAAACAGUCAGCCUGACCUCCUUAGUGUGAAGGCACCGACAGACGCAUUCGAAUCUGGUUCAAAGUGGAUCCCACCAGAUUCAACCAACCAAUCAACCAAGAAGAUGAAGAUGAGUGAAGAAGAGCAGAUUGAGCGGAUAAAGAGGAAUCAGGAGAGGAUGACUAAUAAGAAGAAACCCCCCGUACCCGCUCCAGGUCAAAGUUCAGAGACAAGAGAGGAGGCACCCUUUCCUCUAAGGGUGACACGGGUUGUUACAGCUGUACUCCCGUCCUCUCUCGUGGCCAGGCGCGUUUCUGUUGAGGACCCUCCGCCUGAGCUUGACAACCCACUACCCGAGCAGAUCCCACCUGAGAUGCAGCAGAGACUGGCCGAGCAGAGUAAAAAAAUGUUGAACAAGCCACCCAGGCGUCUGUUGCUGGAGGGUCCUGAUCAAACACAGUCUUCUGCAGAAAUGCACCAGGGUCAGCCAGUUAAAAAGAUAAACAGGCAGCAGCAUCAGGGAAUACUGAGAUCCUCCAUGAGAGAGUCACGGUCAGAAGCGAACAGAGCCGAGCCCACAGAGACCUCGAGGGAACAUUUCCGAGACCAAGCAGGUGUAGGAAAUGGAAGUGUGAGCUUGGACAUUAGGACAGAUGAACAGGCCUCAGCCCUCCUGACCCCGGACAUGGACCCUGACCCCUGUCUGACCCCUGAGCAGCGAGAGGCCAAGCUUCGUCGAGUGGAACGAAUUCGGGAGAGAGUCAUAAGAAGCGCAGUCAGACAGAGUGCAACAACAGACGAUCAGCAGCCAAUCAGGGGGGAAGGGUCGCAAGCUCACCAGGUGCCCCCGGACACAACUAGAAAACAAAGAAUGAAAUCAGGCCAUAGAUCCUACGAAGGCUAUGGAAGCUGUGAUCACAUCAGGGGUCCUGCAGAACUUCAGCUUUCUAGUGGAACAUCUCAGGAUGAAGAUGAAAGAGACACACAAGUGAAAAAGUCUAAAAGUGAAGUCAAGUUUGGGAACAAAACACAACAGAAAGAUCACAGAGGACGAACAGCAGUUGCCAAAAUCAAAACAAAACGACCAGCGUCACCCUAUCACAUCUCCUCUAUGACUGUCUACCAAAAAGAUGGAGGCAAGGGAUUUACAAGUUGUAAGGAUGUAGAGGAGCAAAAGCUUGAAGAACCUGCCGCUGAAGAGAAUGAAAGCGAUUUUUCAUCUUCUGAUCUAAGAGCAAAAUGGUUCCUCUCCACCAACCAGUGGCACGGGUUCAUACCUUUGCAGAUCCCUGGCAUUGACUCGUUGUGUAAUGAGGAGGUAUCAGACAUCGAGAACCAACCAGCAUGCACAGACGACGGGUCUGAUUGCAAUGAAAUGUCAUCUGCAGUCAGUAAAAGCUUAGAGAAAAUGAAAGAGAACCAUUCACUCUUCUAUAAAAUCGCAUGCGACAUCAGUAUUUCAGACACAGAUAUAACAAAGAAUGACGGCAAUGCCCAAACGUCAUCCAGGCCAGAAGGAGAAGAAGAACUGCUGAUCACUGAAUCGGUUCCAGAUGAAGCGUCCAAUAAUGUUCGGACAUCUACUCACCAAGAGAGCAAGGAUUCGGGACUACAUUUACCAUCUGAUGUUAUUGAAAAUAGUUCCUCAAUUAAUAAUGAAUCAACCCAGGACAAAGCAUUGUUAAAUACCUCAGCAAGUUCAGCAAAAGAGACUCGUGUUGAAGAGAUCCCUCAAAAAGAAUGUGAAGACACCUCAAGGCAAGACAGGCAGUUGGAAGUUAGAGAAACUGUCCAUGAAGCUCCUGUUCAGGCUCCUGAUCAGGCCCAGGAUGAAUAUGCAAAGACACAAGAAGAACAAAGUGGGGUAAAAGAGUUAGAAGACAGGAAGGUGGACCAAGAGAGAGCCGAUGAGCUGAGGAAAUGUCGUAGUUUAAGUGAGGAGAACAAGGAGAGAGUCCAAGACGGAGGCAACAACCACUCCAUCACUCCAUCCAGCUCUGUGUACGAGGGCGGCAGAGUGAUUCGGAGUGCCUCUUUUGGGAAGGCACGAGUUACAGUAAUAAGGACAAGUUUGUAGAGGAAAGAACAGUGAAGGCUUAAGGAGCUUAAAGGAAUGAACUUGGGAAGGACAGGAACACAGUUAAGUGAUUUAUAGUAAAUAAAAUGCCUGAGGAGGAGGACUUGAUAAUUAAUUGGAGUGAAUCUGGACCUAACUUUGGAUUGGAAAUGGUAAAAUGGGAACAUACAAUGUCAGAAAUAGUCCUAAUCUUUGGUAAACUUGAACAUUUCCAUCAUUCAUAAUAUGUGGUUUGUAAUUGUCAAACAAAAUAGAAAGUUUUAUGCAUAUUUCAUGAAAACAAAAACUGUAUGCAAACAUAGUAUUGUUCUUCCACUUGAUGCUAUUUAAUAAAUACUCUGUGUAUAGUUGCUGUCAAACAAACAAGUCCUCCAUACCAUACGACCACAUAUGUUGUUUGUACCUACCCAUUAUUACAAUCCACAGGAGUGUUUCUUAAAUAAGUGGCCCUACACAUCCUCAUUACUUUACAUAACAGUUGCAGUUUAAAACAUGUGGUUAAUGUUGUCACAAGGUCGCAAUUUGGUUAGGUUCCGGCAACAAAACUACUUGUUAAGCUUACGAAACAUUACUACAUGGUUAGGCUUAGGAAAACAUAGUUUGCUGUGAAGUAACUACUCCUGGGCAUGUUGUAAAGUGUGACAUAGCUUACAACGGAAGUUAACUAACAGAAGUAACGUAAAAUAACGUUUACUUUUGUUUUCAUUGGGGACAAGAAUAUCAUUGUUGGAUGACAGUCCUGUUUGUUUGACCCUUUUCACCCUCCCUAAGUAGACUUUGUUGUUCUUUAUACUCCAUACUCUCACUUCCGCAUUGGCUUUUGGAAUCCAUGACCUAAUUUCUGCCUUUGCUUCUGUCAUUAUUACCACUAGAGGAUGCUGCCUAAAUAUUAGUAGAAAUAAGCUGCCAUACAAACGACAUAUGAGGUAAUUUCUUGGGAGGUGUACAGUCGAAUACAUGCCCAGAAUUUGAGGUUAACUCUUUCAUUCCACUCAUGCAUCUAACAUGACAAAGAAACUAUGUGACUGCUGCUUGUGUAACAUGGCAACAUAACCCUGUGAUUGUCACUGUAACAAAAUGUGUUUUGUAUCUCAAAUGGAUUAAUAAACAUGUUGUGUGCUAAAUCA